AUGGCUUCGCCGAGCCCGCCACUGCCGCGGUUCGAGGAAACCAAGCCAGCUCACUGGCAAUUUGCCCGCCGACCUCGCACACCAAGAGCUAAAGCCUUCGUAUACUCUGCGAUCGCCUUCUUCUGUUUAUUCUACCUACUCUCGUCUUCACAAAGGCAUUCCCAACCUGACUUCUGGUCAGAGUUCCCUUCUCGUCAUCCUUUUCCUGAAAGCCCCGAAAAUGCGCAGGUCGCACUCCCGCAACGACUCGAUAUCUCCAUCAACGAUACCCUCCCUCACGAUCUGAACAAACCCAACCCGAGCCUCCAUGUCUUGGUGCCAGUACAGCAUGGAUCUCGUGGCGCCUGUCGAACGAUCACAUCGGCAAUGAUCCUGGGCUAUCCACCACCAACUCUAGUCGGAUACGGACACGAAAAGCCCGGCGCGACCGAGCUGGAACGCAUGGUGGACCGGAUCACACGUAUGCGCAACUACCUCAAGGAGAGUAAGAUGGUCAAAAACAACGACAUCGUCCUAGUCAUCGAUGCUGAUGAUAUCUUCUUUCAACUUCCUCCCCAUGUUCUCGUUACGCGGUUCCAAGAAAUCCUACGGAAGAACAAUCAAAAAUUACUCAAGAAAUACGGGACCGUCAAGGUGCAAAAGUCCACCCCUGAUUCACCACCGGAUAUUGUACAGAAAUAUUCGCAGCGCGUCUUAUUCGGUGCUAGCAAAAUAUGCUAUAGUGCUUUGGAGGGGGAUGCGGGGUGUGUUUCCGUACCGCAUUCAUCUUUACCACCCGAUGUGUACGGUUGGAAGACGGAUGAUUACCCGGAUGGAGAAUUGGUGGAUGCACACCUCAACCGACCUCGAUACCUGAAUCCCGGCGCGGUGAUUGGACAAGCGGCGGAUCUACGAAUCAUCUAUGAUGAAGCUUUGCGGAUUCUGCAGCAGCGUAAUAAGAAGCACGGCGACUACCAGGCUUUAACGCAGAUUUACGGGCGACAGGAAGUCAUUCGAGAACUGGAGCGACGUCGUACCGUGAACAAUGCCAAGGAGUGGUUCUACAAGCUCCUAGGUAUCGAUGAGCCCACCAAUAUAACGAGUAUCAGUGUUCGUCUUGAGACUGGUCACCGGUAUGAGUACGGCAUCGGAUUAGACUACGAAUCGCAGCUCUUUUUCAACCAAAUCUAUUCCCGCGGUGAUGUCGAGUUCAUCAAGUAUAACGAUAUCAACAAGACGUCACAACUCCAGGGCCAACAUCAUGUUCCCCGAGAACAUCGUCUUUUGCUCCCUGAUGAUAUUGCAGCGCUCCCGAAUCCGUAUAACCAAAGUCGCUUCGCCAAAGAUCAAACUACACAUCCGCUAUGGAACGCUACACUUGACAAGUUGCCCAACCCAGAGGGUCAUUCGUGGCAUAAUGCGCCGUUAAUGACAAAUGCCCACUCCGCCAGUGUGCCUGUUCUCGCACAUCUGAACGGUGACCAUAAACUCCGCAAUGAGUGGUGGGAGAAAAUGUGGUUCUUUCCCUAUGCCCGCGCUCUUCUUCGUCGAUACAUGCGAUCCUCUCACGGGUUUGAUGCCGCACAGUCUUCUCUUCUUGGAGGCCAAAACUGGUGGAAUACACGUGGUGGAAGAGGCGGAGUCUGGACAGAUGACGAAAAUUGGGUCACAUUUUCAGAAGUUUGUGAGGGACAAGAACGGGAUCUCUUUGAUGAUGAUCUAGGUCUCUGGGCUAAGGAAAACGGGGAUCCUGAUGAACCGGUCUAUAAUCAAUUCGGUAACCUCCUUUACGGUAAAGAACCCGAGGUACCUGAUGAGUGGUAG